GCCGCACGCACGACUCAUCUUAUGCGCUCUAUCACAUCGGCCAACAGGCUACAGCGGGUGUUAAACAAUUUGCUGAAACAGGCAAGAGUGAUCUGCUGGACAGUAUUGCAGGCGAACAGCAACAACAACAAAUGCAACAACAACAACAACUGUUUCAACAGCAAAAUGCCGCAAACGGAAAUUCAUUUGUCGGCUUUGUAUCAACGGCCACAGCGAACGUGAAGAAAAAUGGGGGUGGUGGUGCUGCUGGUGUGAGUGUUGGUGUUGGUGAACGCAGCGUUUUCGACGAAUUCAACAUACCGGCAGUGCUGACGGGCGAUGGCCGACAGGAGACAAAAUUCUUUGUGGACAGCAAUCACAGUCUAUUAUCACUAAUGACGCGCAUUGUACCAUCGCCCGAUUGGUUUAUCGGCGUCGAUUCGUUUCAGCUCUGUGUCGGCGGCUCUUGGAUUGACACUGUUACCGUCGAAAUGGAUCCACUGGAUGCGGGCACCGAUAAUGGUUUCACAUUUACUGCUCCCAAUUGGCCAACAUCGCCACAAGGUGUCAUCUAUCGCAUCACAUCACGCUAUCCAGCACAUCCAGCGAGUAGCUUCUUCUAUCCAAAGAGCAAACGAUUGCCGCCAAUAGCAACAUUUCAAUUUAUUAAGUUGAAGGAGUACGAGCUAAGUGAAGUUUUCAACUUUGCCGAAGAUGAUCGCAAAUAUGAGACGGUUAAGACGCAAACGCAUUUAGAAGCUGAACAUGACUCUACCAUCACUAAUAAUGAACUUUCGGCGAGCAUUGAACGUGAACGUCAAAAUGAAAUAUCAGCACAACCGACAUCGGUGACGGAAAGGGAUCGUAUACGAUCGCAAUUGUUGGCGAAAAUGAAUCCUGGCUACAACAGCAACAGCAGCAGCAACUCCGCCUCCAGCGGCAGCAACACGAAUGUAGUGCCGAAAAAUGAUAAAAAUGCCAUCAUGCAAAACAUUGCCAACAGUUAUCGCCGCUCGGGGGCUAGCUACAAUACCUCAGCCUCCAGCUCAUCUGCCACUGCAAUCUCCGCAGGCGUCUCCUCCACCUCCUAUGCCGCCACCAAUUGGUUAGGGCCGCUGCCGAAACGUCGCCGCACGAAAUCACGUACGAAGUCCCGCGAUUGCCGCGUCAGCCACUGGUCCGAGUGGUCGGCCUGCAGCAAAACUUGCGGCAUCGGUGAGAUGCAUCGAUAUCGCAAGGUCAUCAGGCAUGGCAAGCGUGGCGGACGGCCAUGUCCAGCGCUGCAAGAGUCCAAGUGGUGCGGCACGGAGAAGGGUUGCCACUCGCCGGCGACCUACUUCAAUUGGUCCACUACAUGAAGGACGCAGAGAAAACAAGCGUAGUUCGUAACGUAAGCGUAUGAUUUCUUUUACAAAAAAAAAUUCUAACAAAAAUAAAAGAAAAUAAAAAAAUUAUUGCUA